CGAGAAGUGAAACGGGCGCCAUGUCUGACGGAGAUACUGACUGCGAAAAAAUAACAACAACAACAACAACAGUAAUAUCAGUCUUCCGUCUGCAAUAUCGCACCACGGCAGCCGCCGGCCGACGGGACGUUAACAAAGCUGGGGGUCUCCUAGCUGUGCCCACAGCACUAAAAUCUCAUCUCCAGUGAAAGAGAGAGGAUAAUGGUGUCUGUUAACCGUCUCACUGUUGAUGUUGUUGAGACGAGUAACCGUGAGUUUUUUCCAGACUAAUAUACAAUCCUUCAUCGUCUCUCACAGCCAGCCAGCGCCUCCAUCAGUGACUGAAUGCCUCUCAGUCUUGUUGUGGAGAAAGGGCAGCUCCGUUUACAACCAUCAUGGCUUUUGUGAGCCUCUUCUCCUGCCCCCCAAACCCCGUCCUUGACCAAAACAUGACAGACUCUGAGCUGGCAGGGGAUGAAAGGGAAGAUGGUGAGCUGGAGGAUGGAGAGAUAGACGACGAAGGGAUUGGCAUUGACGAAAAAGAAGAGGAAAACAAGGUGGAACAAGAAGUUGCAGAGAAAGAUAAAGACAGAGAAAAAGCACGGGACAAAGAAGAUAAAGCACAUCGGCACUCCCAUAAGAGACACAAGAAAAUAAAAGAGAAGCGCAAGUCCAAAAGGAGGAGAAGGGACAGACAGAAGCAUCACUCCCCUUCCAGUGACUCCAGCUCCAACAGCUACAACUCUGAUUAUGACCAUCAAGACAGAUCCAAGAGCAAGAAGAGCAAAGGCUCAUACCGUGACUACGAUGGACAGUAUACACGCCAUGAGCACGAGCACAGUGGUGGUCAUGGAAAACCACCGAGAUCGUCUAAGUGCAGAAACAGCGAGAGUGAGGACAAGUAUGACUACGACGAAGACCAGGAUGACUUCAGUGAGGAACUGUCCAAGUACAAACUAGCAAAAGAGUCAACAGCGUCCAGCCAGACCAGAUCGUCGAAAGAGCACAGACCCAGCCUGAAAGGACAGCAGUUUUGUGGGCUGCGAGGCCGAGGCCGUGGCGGAGGGGGCUUGGGCCGGGGGCACGGCGCCCUCAACAAGAACAAGAAACUGAAGAGCAAGACCUGGGGUCGAGGACGAGGCAGAGGUGGAGAGCAUGGAGAAGGUGGAGAUGGAGUGAAAGUGGAAGCCAAAGGCCAGCAAACCUUCCAAAAAAAACGUCCCAUCAUGAGUCAAGAGUUCAUCAACCAGCACACAGUGGAGCACAACGGGAGAAACAUCUGCAAGUAUUUCAUUGAGGGCAGAUGCAUUAAGGGGGAUCAGUGCAAGUUUGAGCAUGACAAUGUCAUCCCGGAGAAGAAGAAAGAGCUCUGCAAGUUCUACGUCCAGGGAUACUGCACUAAAGGAGAGAACUGCAUUUACAUGCACAAUGAAUAUCCCUGUAAGUUCUUCCACACAGGAGCAAAGUGCUACCAGGGCGACAACUGCAAAUUCUCUCAUGAUCCUCUGACUGAGGUCACCAAGGAGUUGUUAGACAAGAUCUUGAACACUGAUGACGACCAUGCCCACGAGGAUGAGCUGGAACUGGAGGACCUGAGGAAGCAGGGUAUAGCUCCCUUGCCCAAACCACCUCCAGGGGUUGGGCUCCUGCCUACACCUGGCUUGGGGAAUGUGCAGGACGGCAGCAAGAAGAUCCCCUCUUUGUUUGAGAUCAAAGUGCAGCCAACUGUGGACUUAGCCCAGAAGAUUGCUUUAAGGCCCAAUUUCUACAACAGUACCUCUCCCCCUCCUGGACAGUUCUGUGGUGCUUCAGAGGACCUGCAGGCUGGUAACAUGAUGUCCCCAGGCCACAAUAAUCAUCCACCACCUACAGGGUCCCCUGGGUCCAUGGGUGGCCCUUCCCUUCACUUCCCAGGCCCGGGCCUUCCUCAGAGCCCCCCAGGACAACCACAGUCUCAAGGAUUUGGGCAGGGCCCUUCCUUUCCUCUUCCUGGACUCCCAGGUCAACACUUUCAUGGCAACCUGCAGCAAAUGAACCAUCAGGAUCCUCAGAUGAACCAGCAGGGUGCAUCACUUCAGUCUGUGCCUGACACGCAGAUGAACGUGCCCUUUAAAAAGAUGGGUCAGAUGCCCUCCGAAUUUUUCAGAAACUUGUUCAGCAGCCAGUCGCUUGGGCUCGGAGAAGAGGGACUGUCUGGGUCUGUGCAGGACUCCCAGCAGAGCAGUGCCGAGUCCCAUGGCAUGCAGGACUUCUUGCCUGCUGUCCAGAAGGCCCUGCUUCUUCACCUGAACCAAAACCAGCAGGACUCCGACUCGCACAGACCUGACGGGCCGCACCCUGUACCUUCUGGCAGAGACAAAGAUGAAACCACAAACUGGUAUUCCAGUGACGAUGAGGAUGGCAGCAGCGUGACCGCCAUCUUAAAGACUCUUAAAAAACAGAACGAAAUGCUAAAGACUCAGCAGCCUCAGCCCAAGCUCCAGCAGGCUGGCGUUCCCCCGGCCUCCCUUGCAGACCCCAGACUACACAAGGAGAGGCCUCUGUCUAAUGACCCCCGGCUGAAGUUGGACCCUCGGCAGCACGUUUCAGACACCAGGAGAGACGUGGAUGCUGUUCUCGACCCCAGGUUGGCCCGAGACCCUCGCAAGAUGAAGUCAAUGGAGGCUAACUCCUCCAAGGUGGACCCUCACCGUCACCCACAUCCAGUCUCCUCCACAUCUCAGAAACCUUCUGCGGGAGAGGAGGACGAGGACGGAGAGAGGGAGCUGAGAGAGAAAGCUGCCUUGAUCCCGCUGGAUCCCAGUCCUGGAGCCAUGCCAAGGGACCCUCGAUGCCAAAUCAAGCAGUUCAGCCACAUCCGGGUCGACAUCCUCCUUCAGCGGCCAGCGUUUGCUCACAGUGUGGUCUGGGCUCCAGAGGACCUCAUCCCCCUGCUGAUCCCCAAACAGGAGCCCUCAAUCAACCUGCCUCUGCCACCCCUCAUUGCAGAUGCCCAACUGAAUCGUAGUCUUUCAUCCCCACCGGACCACACUCCCUCAUCUUCACUGGCCCCUCCAGACCCUCGUCUGGUGGCCACUCGCCUUAAAGAGGGUGCGGCUAGACUGGGUAGCCCCCCUGGCAGAACUCUCGAGUCUCGUCUUAGUGCAGAGAAGCCUACAGACCCCCGCACCCACAAGGCAUUAGAUCCCCGGGUUAGUCGGUCUGUAAGCCUGGAUUCCAAACUGCCUUCCAUGAGAGACGGUUCCUCUGGUGUCGGGGUGAUGGACCCAAGGCUGCAGCGAAGCACCGCUGGAACAACUAGUCAACCAGCUGCUUCAGCAAAAUCUGAUUCUGAGAAGCUACCACCAUACGCCCCUCGUCUGGCAACUUCCAGUGGACUGGAAAGCCCCACGACACUGCUUGGGGGCAUCAGUCUGUACGAUCCUCGCAACCACGCCUUACUCUCCCCGAAAAGAGAGGCCGAGGAGUCCCCGAAAAAGCCAGGCAUCUUGAAGCAGCUGCAGAAGCAAGAGAGCCCCCCACCUCCACAAGCUUCGUCACCACCACAAGUAGGUGAAAAGAAGGCUGACGAAGACCCAGACAGGAACACUGACUGCCUGCUAGGUCAGCCCGAGCCCACAGUAGUACCUGCACCUGCCUGCUCACCUGUCCUUGUGGCAGCACCUGCUAUGCAUAACUUGCCCAUUCCGGCGCUGGCAGGGUUGAUACGCCCGGCUUAUACGGACCCUCGACAAAACAGGCAGAGCGGACAGACUGCUGGGGCGCAGGAAGAGGAAGAGGAAGGGGACAAGGAAGAGGACAAGAAGGACCGGCCACUGAGGGACGUUUUUAAGACUUUUGACCCCACGGCCUCACCAUUCUGUCAGUAAAUAUGCUGUGUCGGGGAGGAGGUUCACGUUGCUGUGUUCUUAUCUUUUCUUUUUUUUUCAGUCACUUAGGUUGCUAAAAUUAGGCAAGACUUAAUUUUUGGUCACAUAAUAAAAUAAUCACAAAAACUCUUGUGCAGGUGAGGUCCACCUCACUGUACUCGCAAGCCAUCAUUUCAAUAAGUUAGUACUGCUACCAAGCAAUCAUUGUGCUGUGAGCAAACCCAAGCUGAACUGAGAGUGGAAAAUUCAGUGUGAAGACCUUAAAAUGCUCCUGUUUUUUUAAAAAGCGCCUAUAUCAUGGAAAACAAUCUCCUUUGCUCCCUCUUUGAUGUAAGUAUGAUAAGUAUGAUGUAAACAUUGUUGAAGUUUCAGAAGGUGCCGCUUACACCCGGUUUGGAGUCCAUAUAUGAAAACUAAGCUACGGACAAGCUCAUUUACAUACGUUCACCUGUCCAGCAGAUAGCAGUUUAGCUCUGCCUGCUCACACUGACAUUAUAAGGAGUGUUUUGGCUCCAUGUGCUUUUAAUAUGAUGCAGCCAGUCGGAACAGAGCUCAUUUACAUAUAUCAGUCAAAGGCACAGUGACAAAAAACAGGCUGUUUGAUUCUAUGAGAUAAACAGAGGUUGGAAAAAGAUCAUGUCAAAAUUGAUGUAUGACUGGUAAAUAAAACCACACAAAUGUUAAAUAUUUUAUAAAAAAAUAAAAUGUAGGAUUUGGCCUUUAAAGUUAUGAUUUAUGCUCCUGCAAUCUCAAUAACUGUCUCCAUCACAACUGUAAUAAGCCGGCCUUACUUUUGAUCUGAAUGGUCUGCACUGAUAAACACUCAUGACAUAGAUGUACUCCACUUGAGGUACACUACUCUAGGCACCUAGCGCACAAAAUGUCUCACCCAUUGAAAACAAUAAAAAAUAUGUGCACAAUGUGAACCGUCCUCCCCAGCACCUUCACAGAACCUUCAUUCAGUCUGAAAUUCACUGUAUAUUUGUCAUCUAUUUUCGUAUUUAUUUAUAUUUGUUUUGUAUGUACACUUUUCUUUGCCACAUGGUAACAGAUUCUUUUGUUCUCCUGUGCAUAAUGAAAGUAUAUAUUACAGUGCCACAUAUAGUUAUAGAGAUUAGACACAUAGUACUUGAAAUUUACUCAGAAUGCUGCGUAUCACUGUGUUCUCAGUAAAUUUCAUAGUUGAGCAGAGACUUUGCGGUUGUACAGAUGUAACUACAGGCAUAUGAGGGUCAUGGUGCGAUCGAAAGGGAAGUGUCGUGGUACACGGUUAAAUAUAAAUAUCUUAGAUCUAUGUAUUUCAUGAAGCUGUGGUAAGAUUAUAACACAUUUUUACAAAAUAAUACUGUGCUAAGCUUGUAAUUAUUCAAAAGUGUAUGUGAACAAAAGGCUAAUAUACAAAAAACGUUUAUUUCCUCCCCCCCGAAGCACAUUUUACAAUCAUCUCUGAUAUUUUGUGCUGAAGAGACAGUGAAAUCAAGGAGACACUUAACGUCUUGAAAUCUUCUACCACAUUUUGGUUAAUGGUUUUAUUGUGUUAUGUGUUGUUUUAUUUUGGUAUUGCUGUACUGAUUUGUUUACCUCUUGAAGAAAAGACAUUGGUAGCUGUUGGUCACGUUACUUUGCCUUUUUUGUUUUUUUAUUGUGUCUUAAAUAAAAUGAAAAUUAUGUGUUUUGAAAUUG